AAUUUCAACAUGGCGGACGAUAGGUUCGAUGUUGUUGUCAUUGGAUCUUGCUUUGUGGACAUGAUAAGUUACGUUCCCCGUCUCCCAGAAUCCGGUGAAACAAUCAAGGGAACAAAAUUUCAGUUAGACUUUGGUGGUAAAGCAGCUAACCAAUGCGUAAUGGCGCAGAAGCUUGGAGCAAACACCGCGAUGGUGGCAAAAGUUGGAAAUGACCAGUUUGGAAAAGACACCAGAAACAACUUUAAAAGAUUCGGCGUUAACACUGAUUUUAUAGCAGUGACCGAUAAAGCAGAAACAGGUGUCACCAAUAUAGGUAAGAAACUGAGAAGUUGCAUAGUCAUAGCUAGAUCGAAGGAACAAGCUUAAUCUACCACGGGAAUUAAUGUGUCACUGAACAAUUACAUAAUACCCGGUCACGAGAAAGCGUUACUACCUUGAGUGCCACCGCGGUGCUAAAUCAACUCUUAACUGAGUUGAUUAUGAAAACUAAAAUUUGUCACGCAGAAGAAAGCUUUAAGAAUCAUUACUCAUUCUCCACCACGUGUACAUACUUACUCGCUCUUUAACAAACUCAAAAUGCUCAACAUAUUUAAUAUUUAUAAGUACCAAGUUUCUUGCUUUGUUUUCCUUCACAUGCAGAAGCUCUUGUCCUCUCCUCUUUCAUCUCUUUUCGUUCUUAACUCUGAUUGUCAUCAAUAUCUCACCAGGCAAAAAGACAACUUACAUCUUCAUACUCACAAAUAUUCGUUUUCUCUUCGGGUACAGGGUCCUCUAAUUUGGAAUGACAUUCCUCUCUCACUUCGUAAUUCACUUACUCUUUCUAGUUAUAAACAUAAACUGAGAGAUUAUUUUCAAUCAUUAAACUAAGUUUAAACUAAGCUGAACUCAAUUUUUUUCUCCCUUCAAACUCUUUUCUUUAUUACUUUUUGCACACUAUCAUUAAUUGUUAUGUUUAUUUUGCUUUAUAUGUAGUGAUAAUUCUUUAUAUGUUGUAAUAGUUUGCAUUUUCUCUGUAAAUCUUGUACUUAUUAAUUUUUAUUCUCAUUGUAACUUAGCAGUACAUUGUAACUCUCUGACCAAUGCCAUAUAAGCCUCUGGCUUUGGCAUCUUAUUAUCGUUAACUUGUGCUUUGUGUACUUAUUUAUCAAUAAAGAAUUAUGUCAUGUUAAGAGAAAAAGAAAGAAGAAGAAUGCAGGGCUGUGCUCUAGCAAUGUCUAUGGGAGACUAGGAAUUCUUAGUUUGUUUCAAAGUAAUCAGAUGCUGGGCACCCUGGGUUUCACAGGUUCAUAGUACUGGGGUCCCUCCAGUUUUCCUUAGAGUACAGACUUUUGGAAUGACUUUAAACUAACAAGUUUUAAGUCAUCCCAAGUGUCACCCAUUUUUUUUAGCAGAGCCUGAUCCAUAUUACUACAAUACUUUAAAUACUUACAGUCUAUUUUCUCUCUCGUAGCUGUUAACAAUUCUGGUGAACCAGCAUUUAUCAGUCUAGCAGGAGCCAACAGACAUCUGUCAGUAGAAGACAUUAAAGCAGCUGAACUUUUCAUCAAAUCUUGUCAAGUUGUGAUCUGUGACAAGGGCAUACCCCUCAAGAUUGCAGAGGCAGCAUUGCAGUAUAGCAAAGAAUUAGGCAAGAAAACUCUAUUUAACCCAUCUCCAAAGCUGGAAAGUCUGCCAAGGUCUAUAUACUUGAAUGCUGAUUCGUUAAUUGUUAAUAGAGAAGAAGGUGAGAGCUUAACGAACAUGUUAGCAGAUGAUAUUGAAGGAGCUAAGAAGGUUAUUUGCAAACUACAUCAGUGGGGAGCUAAACAAAUAGUGUUGACUCUUGGAUCUGAGGGGGCAAUAUCAUCUGAAAUCUCAUCACAACACAGUGGUAAGUGCUGUCUUCUGUCCAGUUUAAAAAUUUCAGAAUUUACUAGGAGUUGUAUGGAAAACCACUCAAGCGUCAAACGUGACGGGGUGGCAAGAGUUGUUGUUCUCAUACAAAUCCUUCUCAUUUUUAAUGGCCGUUGCAAUCGCUACUUUUCAGGUAUAUGGCUGAAACAGGUUACCUAAUUUUAAUAAAAUUAUGUAUUAGCAAACUGUUUUCGUGUUUACCAAAAGUUGAUCACGUGAUCAACUAAUGCAAAAGGCCUAUUGACCAGCUUGUCCUUCAUACAAUCCAUUGUCACAUUUUGCUUGGGCAGGGUUGCUGAGUGUGAGACUUAGAUUAUAGCGUGUGUAGUAAGGGUUUCCAUGCCGGUUCAUUGGGAAAAGUACACAGGGGAAAUAAUAGAGGGAUUAAGGGAAAAGGGAGGUUUCUUUUCCUUUUUCAGCUCUUGUUACAAUUUUCCCCAAUAACUCAAUAGGAGAGGCUUGCUACGCAGGCUACUGAGUUUAUGAUUUAAUAGUUAGAAAAUGUUUUUUAACCUGUUGUCACUUUUUUAUUAUUAUUUAUGUUGUGCAACAUUAUUUAAAAAAUACAUGUCCAUAAGAUAAAUAAUAUAUUAUAAUAAUGUUAAAUUAGUGAAUGUAAAUAGAAGAUGACUUGCUUGGUCACUGCGGAUUGGGCAAGUGAUGUGAGGAUGAAAGUUAUAGUGAGGACAUGGUAUCAAAAUGGUAGCAAAAUUUCUGGAUCUCAACAACAUGUCCUGCAAAUAUGGCAGCCGUGUUGAUCAAUGUACUUGAAUCUUUCUUCACUGAUGAGCCAAAAUCAAUUCAUCUGGGAGGGAACCACCAAUUCUAAGCGCGUUGAGUCAUUUUGAAUAUUAUUAUUCCAAUAGUGUUAUGAGGGGAUCUGUUCAUGGGCAAAACCCGCCAAACGAUUGCCAUUGUUCCAACUUGCCUAGCCUGUAGGAUAUCAUUAGGGUUAGCAUUAGGGGUAGGGUUAGGGGAAGGGGAGGUUGGGGUAGGGAUAAGGGUAGGAGAAGGAGAGGGUAGGGUACAGCUUCAGAAUUGAAAAAAAAGAGGGUUCUUAUAGAAGGCACCCCUUUCUCUCUCUCCCCAAUCCUACUCCCAUUUUUCCUUUCUUUCCUCUCCCUUUCACUUUAAUUUGAUGCAUGUCAAGGAGGCUAUGUUCUCCUACAGUACAGUCAUACAGAUGUUUUUUCUUUCCAAGUUCCAGUAAUGGUGCUCAUACCAACACAGAAGGUAGAAGUAGUGGAUACAACUGGAGCUGGAGAUGCUUUAAUAGGCGCAUUAGCAUUCUACAUGUCAUGUUAUCCUCAGCUGUCUUUUGCAGAAAUGGUGUUCAGAGCAGUCAACGUUGCAACAGUGACUGUAACAGCACAUGGUGUACAAGCCAGUUAUCCUGCUUCGGAACAACUGGAUAAAUGUCUGUUUGACAGCAAUGCAAGAACAGCUGAACAAUUAGGACUUGUAUCACUGAAUGUUGUUAAUCUAGAAAAUAGUCAUGAUGAACUUCCAGAAUAAUUUUAUUGAGGAAAAUAAAUUUUCAAUUGUUCUUAAAAAGGCACUGGCGCAUGAGUUGGAAAAAUCUGAGGAACAAUAGGCUUGCUAGCCUGAGAAAAAAGCCAACAUUCCGCGACACCACCAACGAUUUCCCAGCGAAAUGACAUCUCAGAAAUUAGUGCAGAAAUUCUAUACUGAUGACGCGUCACUUCCCAGAUCUGGUUAGUGUUUCUGAUUGGUCGUAGCGCGCGGGAAAUUUGCUUCAACCAAUCAGAAGCACUAACCAGAUCUGGGUAGUGACGCGUCAUCAGUAUGGAAAUUCUGCACUCAUUUCUCAGGCGUCAUUUGGCGGGAAACCAGUGGUGGCGUCGCCAAACGUCGACUGUUCUCUCAGGGUGUAGACUUGCAGCAAUGAAAACAAACGGGACCUAUCGAAAAAUAAGUCAAAGCGGUUUGUGCUUUGUAAUUGGUAACAACGACGACGGCUACGCCAACGAGAGUAUCAAAUAAAUAAUCGAUAGGUUUAUGAAAAAAGAAGGCAAUAAUUUUGCACGUGCAGCACACUUUUCAGUGACUUUUUGGUACCUCUGUCUCUUUGCCGUCCAAGCACGACCACAACGUGAGAUUUCCUAGACUUUCUCAAAGUACUUUGCGCUCCCUCGCUCGCUUUUGCCGCAGAAAACACAAAACAUCUACCGCUCGCGCUUCGCGCUCGUAAAAAAAAAUUGAGCUCGACUUGUAGGCAAAUCUAGAGAUUUCCUUAUCAGACAUUUUACGGAAGACGUGGACACAUACAACGAAUUUUUCUUUCUCUUUCUGUACUUGUUUCCUGUCCCCAAAUAAAUAACUCUAGAAGAAUCCGGCUACAUUUGACAUUUUAAGCUAGCUGGAAUAAAAGCGACAAAGUUUCAAAAAAACAGUCUUUUAAAAAUGACCAUCUCUCUGCCGUACGGAGCCCAGUAAGUGCCUAAAAAUUUUGUGCGCAAUUUUUCCUUAAUAAUUCUUUAUAUGUUGUAAUAGUUUGCAUUUUCUCUGUAAAUCUUGUACUUAUUAAUUUUUAUUCUCAUUGUAACUUAGCAGUACAUUGUAACUCUCUGACCAAUGCCAUAUAAGCCUCUGGCUUUGGCAUCUUAUUAUCGUUAACUUGUGCUUUGUGUACUUAUUUAUCAAUAAAGAAUUAUGUCAUGUUAAGAGAAAAAGAAAGAAGAAGAAUGCAGGGCUGUGCUCUAGCAAUGUCUAUGGGAGACUAGGAAUUCUUAGUUUGUUUCAAAGUAAUCAGAUGCUGGGCACCCUGGGUUUCACAGGUUCAUAGUACUGGGGUCCCUCCAGUUUUCCUUAGAGUACAGACUUUUGGAAUGACUUUAAACUAACAAGUUUUAAGUCAUCCCAAGUGUCACCCAUUUUUUUUAGCAGAGCCUGAUCCAUAUUACUACAAUACUUUAAAUACUUACAGUCUAUUUUCUCUCUCGUAGCUGUUAACAAUUCUGGUGAACCAGCAUUUAUCAGUCUAGCAGGAGCCAACAGACAUCUGUCAGUAGAAGACAUUAAAGCAGCUGAACUUUUCAUCAAAUCUUGUCAAGUUGUGAUCUGUGACAAGGGCAUACCCCUCAAGAUUGCAGAGGCAGCAUUGCAGUAUAGCAAAGAAUUAGGCAAGAAAACUCUAUUUAACCCAUCUCCAAAGCUGGAAAGUCUGCCAAGGUCUAUAUACUUGAAUGCUGAUUCGUUAAUUGUUAAUAGAGAGGAAGGUGAGAGCUUAAUGAACAUGUUAGCAGAUGAUAUUGAAGGAGCUAAGAAGGUUAUUUGCAAACUACAUCAGUGGGGAGCUAAACAAAUAGUGUUGACUCUUGGAUCCGAGGGGGCAAUAUCAUCUGAAAUCUCAUCACAACACAGUGGUAAGUGCUGUCUUCUGUCCAGUUUAACAAUUUCAGAAUUUACUAGGAGUCAGUAUGGAAAACCACUCAAGCGUCAAACGUGACAGGGUGGCAAGAGUUGUUGUUCUCAUACAAAUCCUUCUCAUUUUUAAUGGCCGUUGCAAUCGCUACUUUUCAGGUAUAUGGCUGAAACAGGUUACCUAAUUUUAAUAAAAUUAUGUAUUAGCAAACUGUUUUCGUGUUUACCAAAAGUUGAUCACGUGAUCAACUAAUGCAAAAGGCCUAUUGACCAGCUUGUCCUUCAUACAAUCCAUUGUCACAUUUUGCUUGGGCAGGGUUGCUGAGUGUGAGACUUAGAUUAUAGCGUGUGUAGUAAGGGUUUCCAUGCCGGUUCAUUGGGAAAAGUACACAGGGGAAAUAAUAGAGGGAUUAAGGGAAAAGGGAGGUUUCUUUUCCUUUUUCAGCUCUUGUUACAAUUUUCCCCAAUAACUCAAUAGGAGAGGCUUGCUACGCAGGCUACUGAGUUUAUGAUUUAAUAGUUAGAAAAUGUUUUUUAACCUGUUUUCACUUUUUUAUUAUUAUUUAUGUUGUGCAACAUUAUUUCAAAAAUACAUGUCCAUAAGAUAAAUAAUAUAUUAUAAUAAUGUUAAAUUAGUGAAUGUAAAUAGAAGAUGACUUGCUUGGUCACUGCGGAUUGGGCAAGUGAUGUGAGGAUGAAAGUUAUAGUGAGGACAAGUCAUUAUGUUAUGUUGCCAUGGUAGCAAAAUUUCUGGAUCUCAACAACAUGUCCUGCAAAUAUGGCAGCCGUGUUGAUCAAUGUACUUGCAUCUUUCUUCACUGAUGAGCCAAAAUCAAUUCAUCCGGGAGGAAACCACCAAUUCUAACCAUGUUAAGUCAUUUUGAAUAUUAUUAUUCCAAUAGUGUUAUGAGGGGAUCUGUUCAUGGGCAAAACCCGCCAAACGAUUGCCAUUGUUCCAACUUGCCUAGCCUGUAGGAUAGCAUUAGGGUUAGCAUUAGGGGUAGGGUUAGGGGAAGGGGAGGUUGGGGUAGGGAUAAGGGUAGGAGAAGGAGAGGGUAGGAUACAGGUUCAGAAUUGAAAAAAAAGAGGGUUCUUAUAGAAGGCACCCCUUUCCCUCUCUCCCUAAUCCUACUCCCAUUUUUCCUUUCUUUCCUCUCCCUUUCACUUUAAUUUGAUGCGUGUCACGCAGGCUAUGUUCUCCUACAGUACAGUCAUAUAGAUGUUUUUUCUUUCCAAGUUCCAGUAAUGGUGCUCAUACCAACACAGAAGGUAGAAGUAGUGGAUACAACUGGAGCUGGAGAUGCUCUAAUAGGUGCAUUAGCAUUCUACAUGUCAUGUUAUCCUCAGCUGUCUUUUGCAGAAAUGGUGUUCAGAGCAGUCAACAUUGCAACAGUGACUGUAACAGCACAUGGUGUACAAGCCAGUUAUCCUGCUGCGGAACAACUGGAUAAAUGUCUGUUUGACAGCAAUGCAAGAACAGCUGAACAAUUAGGACUUGUAUCACUGAAUGUUGUUAAUCUAGAAAAUAGUCAUGAUGAACUUCCAGAAUAA